AUGCGAAGUCGCGUCACCCUGGUUCAUUGUUUUGGUGUUUGUCAAGCCAACUCUGAAACUUCUCACGAUUUCUCGCGAUCCCCACCAUCAUCAUCAACACUAUCAUCACAAUAUUCGAUAUCUUUCUACACAGAUCUACUGAACAACAAUCAUGUACAGAUGCCGCUACAACAAAACACGUUUGUUGUGGUGCCCAAUCCUGUCACUUUCCAGCAAACGCUCGCUAUGGACGGUCCGGAGUCCAAACCUCCAAUGACCACCAAGCAAGCUCAGAAGGCCUAUCGGGAAGCCAAUAGGCUGCCCAAAAUGACGAAAGCCGAAAGGCUACGUCGGGAACAGGCCGAGCGAGAGCGCGAGCGGAAGGAGGAGGAGAAACUGAAGGCCUCGAAGAGAGCCAAAGUUCUCCGUGACAGGAAGAAGGAGAGGGAGUUGGAGCUGGUGGAAGAGAGGAAGCGGCAGGGUUUACCUCUCGUUCGCGUGAGGCCGAGCCAGGCCACCCUCUCGACCUUUUUCAAGGGCAACGGGGUUUCGCGAAAGCGAGACUCUGACGCCUACCAAGCUGAUCGGCCGGCGAUGAUGGAGGUAGAAAACAAGGAAAAUCUGACUCCUGUUGGAAGCCCUUCCGAGUCGGCCUCGAUCAAGAGACAGCGUUUGGGGAAGACUCAAAGCCAGCAAGAUUUCUUGCAGCGCGACGAGCCUGCAGCAGCUUUCCUGCACCCAUCCAACUCUCCGGAGGAGCUUCUUGAGGCUCUUAUCGAUGACUUUCCGACUGCCUCCCAGGCGGCUCGGGAGUUGGAAGAGCCGCGGGUGGAGACCACGGAGCCGUCACCGGUUCGCAGAGGUCCACCAGCAUUCAUGAAGUCCUCUCCUUUGCACCGAUCGGUGUUGAAGCAGGCCCUUGCGAGCAGCCAGAAAAAUCUGGCACCGCCGCUAGACGCCCUGCCAGACCCGGCCGUCGAUGACGACGCCGGGUAUGUUCGUCCUAUCACUUCCCAAGAUUUGGUGUUCUCGAGUCAGGAGGUUUGGGAUCCUGAAUUCGAGGACGAUGAGCCGAUCUUGGUGCAAGAUGGACAGAAACAACCAGACGUCGUCAGCGACCCUAUCAAUGACAAUUCCCAGCGUGUGCCCACGGGGAGGGUUUCAUUGCCCAACCGGGCGAUGGCUGAUCAGAUCAGUUCGGAACCGGUUGGGGAACCGUCCGCGCGAGUUGAAAGACAGACAGAAGAUACGCUGGACGGUUUUACGUACAGUCAGUUCUUCACGUCGUCCUUCAACUCUGCGGACGAGGAGGUUGGGCAACCCCAGCCUCUCAACCCGCCACCUUGCGAGCCAGAAUCUCCCAAGCGGUCUCGGUCACCCCAACGGCUCUUUGGAUCCAGCGGGAACGGGAUCGCUAUCCUUACGGCUAGGGCUGCAGAGCUCCAAGCCGAGAAGGAAGCGGAGGAAGAACGGCGAAAGCAGGCGGCGCUGGAGCGCGAGCGGCAGCGGCAUCUUCAGAACUUCAUGGAGCGUUCGAGGGAGGAGGAGCGGCUGUUUGCUCAGCAGGCGGCUGCUACCACCGAACUCUUCACGUCACAGCACGGCGGGACGCGAAAUGGGGAUAGCAUGGCACCGCUGAGCCAAGAGUCGGACUACGGGCCUGACUGGACGCUCGAUAACAUCGAGCUGAUGGACAGCUUGGUGGUUCCGGUGGAGGAUGGGUCGCAAGACUCCGAUGAAUAUGGACCGGCUUGGACGCUCGAUAACGUCGAGUUGUUGGAGGCCCAGGUCCGCGGUAACGCUUAG